CGGCAACUUGGGUCGCCCUUUGCAACCUGCUGCUCGUUUCUCUGUCGUUCUUCCUCUCACUUCUGUGGUGUAGCCGUCCCAGCCUGCGUGCCCGUGUGCUUCUCUUGACUCCGGGCUCGCACACCUCCCCAACUCUGCGCCGACGCAGCCAACCGACCGGCUAAUAAAAAAAGAUGGCGGAGAAGCCGUCCUCGUCCGGCCACGGCUCAGUUGCGUCGCCCACCGAGGCUGUGGGCGACGUGGAGAAGCAGCCUCAUGCCCCCGCUGGCAACGGCCAUGCGCCGUAUCUCAACCCGUCUGUCAUGGAGGAGGAUUAUGAGGGCAAACCGACCGAGGAGGAGCUGGCCGUCCUGCGCCGCGUGCCUGGCACCAUUCCCAUUAUCGCUUAUCUCAUCUGCGUCAUUGAAUUCUGCGAGCGCGCCUCGUACUACGGCGUCCAGCCCUUGAUCAGCAACUAUGUCAACCGCCCGCUCCCCCCCGGCGGCAACGGUUAUGGCGCGCCGCCGGUCGGAACCCAGGAGACUGGCGGCGCCCUAGGUAUGGGGACCGUUGUCGCCAAUGCCGUGACCCAAUCCUUCAGCAUGCUUGCCUACGCGUUGCCUCUUGUGUUCGGCUGGCUCGCCGAUGCCAAGACGGGUCGCUUCAAGCUGAUCUGCUGGGGCGUUGCUGUGUUCGGUACUGCCCACGUCCUCCUGGUCGGGGCCGGCGCAAAGGAUCUGCUGGCAAGCGGACACGCCAAGGGCCUCUUCUUCCUGGCGGUCUACAUCCUGUCCGUCGGCGCGGCAAUGUUCAAGCCGAAUGUGUCGCCUCUCCUGCUCGACCAGGUGACCACGACUGUCCCCAAGGUGAUCACUCUCCCGAGUGGCGAGCGGGUUAUCGAGGACCCCGAGGCCACCGCCGAGCGGGUCAUGCUCUGGUUCUACCUGAUGAUCAACAUCGGUGGCUUCAUGGGCGUUGCCACGGCCUACUCGGAGAAAUACGUCGGGUGGUGGCUCGCCUUCCUGAUCCCCCUCCUUCUCUACCUGCCGCUGCCAUUCCUCCUCUGGUUCCUCAGCAAGCGCGUCAUUCUCCACCCGCCUGGCGGCAGCGAUCUGCCCAAUGUCUUCCGAGUCCUCGGCAUCUGCUUCCGUCGGGGCGGCAUCAAGAGGAUCGGCCGUCACGGCUUCUGGGAUCUUGCCAAGCCCUCCGACAUUGCGGCAGCCGGCCUGAGCGACAAGUACAAGACGCGGUGGAAUGACCAAUUCGUUGAGGACGUCCGCCGGACUUUCCAGGCGACCGGCAUCUUCUGCUUCUUCCCGAUCCAGUACCUCAACGACAACGGUAUUGGCGCUGCGGCUAGUUUCCUGUCGACGAUGCUGGAGACCAACGGGGUGCCCAAUGAUGUCAUCUCCAACUUCAACUCUCUCAGCAUCAUUGCCUUCGCCCCCGUGCUCAACUAUGGCCUGUACCCUCUCUUGCGGAAGCUGAAUAUCCACUACGGACCGGUCGCGCGCAUUACCACCGGCCUCGCCUUGUCGACCAUCGGCGGCGUGGGUUACACCGUCCUGAACUACUACGCCUACCAGCAGUCGCCUUGCGGAGAGUAUGGCUCGAGUAACUGCCAGAUCGGCACUGGGGUCGCGCCCAUCACCAUUUGGUGGAUGGCGAUUCCUUUCGCCAUCGGCGGCAUUUCGGAACUGUUCGUCAAUGUCCCGGCCUAUGGAAUCGCCUACUCUCGCGCGCCCGUUAACAUGCGUGGCCUCGUGUCCGCGCUCAACUUGUUCAACACGGCCGUCGCCUACGCCAUCGGCUUGGCCUGCUCCUCCGUCAUCACCGACCCUUAUCUGACUUGGGACUUCGGCGGCCCUGCCAUUACCGGCGGUGUGCUGACGAUCGUCUUCUACUUCACCUUCCGGCACAUCGACAAGGAGGAGUAUGUGCUGGGCCACGCAAACCCAGACGAGGACUACCACUUGGAGAUGGAAGGAACUCGCAACGUCGUCGGCGAGAACGCGCUCAACAAGAGCUCCAACCGGCCGGCGCCCAUUGCCGACAACGAGGAAAUGAUGAUCUCGCAGAAGCAGUAGCCGAGAUCUCGAGCGGAAGGGUCACGGAUUGGAGUUCGGCGUUUUCUCAGUCCCUCUGCGUCCUCGGCCCGCGGACGGGCGCGGUUGACGAAGGAAGGAGGGCCGAUCAUGGCCGCUGGUUUUGUAACAUAGUUAAAAU